ACUGCGUCCUGCCUUGAGCUCCAGUUUACUGCUUCGACAAAGAAGCAGAAGCCGUCAAUAUGGCUGACCUGGGAAAGAAAUACUGUGUGUACUGCCUGGCAGAUGUAACCAAUUUGCGCCUUCGAUGCACGGAAUGUCAGGACAUUGAGCUAUGCCCAGAGUGCUUUUCCGCCGGCGCAGAAAUCGGGGGGCAUCGGCGGGGGCACGGCUAUCAGCUGGUGGACGGAGGGCGCUUCACCCUUUGGGGUCCCGAAGCGGAGGGAGGCUGGACUAGCAGGGAAGAGCAGUUGCUACUCGAUGCAAUCGAGCAGUACGGCUUUGGAAACUGGGAGGACAUGGCUGCUCAUGUUGGACCCUCCCGUACACCCCAGGAAGUGAUGGACCACUACGUUAAUAUGUACAUACAUGGCAACUUAGGCAAAGCCUGUAUUCCAGACAGUAUACCAAAUCGGGUUACAGACCACACAUGUCCCAGUGGAGGACCCCUCUCUCCAAGUCUGACAACCCCACUACCACCAUUAGAUAUUUCAGUAGCAGAACAGCAGCAGUUGGGCUAUAUGCCAUUACGUGAUGACUAUGAGAUAGAAUAUGACCAAGAUGCUGAGACCCUCAUCAGUGGACUUUCUGUGAAUUACGAUGAUGACGAUGUAGAGAUUGAAAUGAAACGUGCCCAUGUGGAUAUGUAUGUGCGUAAACUAAAAGAAAGACAGCGUCGGAAGACGAUUGCUCGGGACUACAACCUAGUGCCAGCAUUCCUUGGCAAAGAUAAAAAAGAAAAGGAAAAAGAAAAAGACAAGGCAGUUACUGGGAAUGCGACCCCUUCAGCCACAGCAGCAACUUCAGCAACUGUCAAAAGAAAAAUUACCAAGGAGGAGAAGGAGCAGCGACUCAAGCUGCGACCUCUUUGCCAGUUUAUGGCCUUUCGGGAACUUGAAGAAUUUUUUGAAAACAUGCACAAGGAACGCCUUCUGCGAGCAAAGAUUCGUGAGCUGCAGAGGUAUCGACGCAAUGGCAUUACUAAGCUUGAUGAGUCUGUGGAGUUUGAAGCAGCUCGUCAUAAAAGAGAGAAGCGUAAAGAGAAUAAAAGCGUGAACCAGUCCAAGAGAGGUGGCAGUACAGGUGGUGGAGGGAGCAGUGGCAUAAAAGAGGACGGAAAAGAUACUGAGUUUGCUGCCAUUGAGCAUCUUUCAGGGUUUGAGCUGUUAUCUGAGCGGGAAAAAGUGCUCUGUAACUCUCUCAAUCUCAGUCCAACUAGUUACUUGACUGUGAAAACGAUAAUAAUAAAAGACCACUUGCAGAAACGUCAAGGAAUCCCAUCUAAAAGCCGUCUCCCAAGUUACCUGGACAAAGUCAUUAAAAAAAGGAUUUUGAACUUUUUGACAGAGAGUGGCUGGAUAUCUAGGGAUGCAUCCUGAUGUUAUUUUUUUCUUUGAAGCAAAGACCUUGUGUACUUUGUUCUGCCAAUUCCACAAAUUCCAUAACCGAGCGGAUUAUUUUUUAAGCUGUUGUUUACUGAAAAUGGACUUUCUGGAUUUGCAGCUAUCUCUUUUUUCCAUAUAGGAAUCAAAAGUAAGGUGGAGAAAUGUUCCCUGUACUCUGUUUUCUGUAAUAGUUCAGAAAUUCAAAAAGGAACAUAACUGUUUCCUAUGGGCAGCUAUAAGAUAUUUUGUAAGGUGCCAACUUACACUUAUGAAACUCGCAUGGCAAAAGAUGAAAAGUUUUGUUUUUUUAUGUUUGCCAACAUUUGGUUGUUGCAUGAUAACUGAAGCAUUUUAAAAUAAGAAAAAAUAUUAAAGGGACAAAAAAUUCUGCUUCAGGCUUCACUUGUGAUCCAUUUGUAGUGAAAUAUUACAAAAAUAAUUUAACUUGGCUAGAAAAUUAUGUUGUACACAAUUUUUUAGGGU